AUGGAGGCAGAGCAGCAAAAGGAGGACAUGGAGGCGGAAAAAGACAAGAAGGUGGAGCGGAGGGUAGAAACAGAAAUCGUGGAUCGAAUGGAGCAGUGGGCGACCGGGUACGGAAUUCACAUGGACCAGCUCGUCCAGACGAUGCCCUUUAUACUGGAAGAAGCCGCAAGCGAUUGGUGGAAUACCACACCGACCAGGAUAAACAGCUGGGCAGAACUGACGACGGAACUCCUGGAGUAUUUCUUACCACCGAGAUACGAGGAACAAGUGGAAAUGCAGAUCACACAACUGCGGCAGCGGGAGUCGGAACCGGUACGGGAGUAUGCGAUGAGCUUGCGGAAACUGAUGCGGUUCACCAAGCUUUCGGAGGAUCAAAAACUCGAUCGGAUCUACCGGAGCUGUAGAAGCAAGAUAAAGCUAUGUACGCGCAGAGCAGGGUUCGAGACGCUAACACAGUUCCUCAAGUUGGCGGAAGAAGUGGAGGAGAUAGAAGCCUCCGAAGGCCAAACAGGGGUCGAGCAACCUAGGCAGCAGCGAGUACAAGCGGAAAUCUGCAUGCGGUGUGGCGAAACAGGACACGCGGCAAGAACCUGUAACAAUCCGCCGAGGCUUUUCUGCUGGGUCUGCGGAAGAAACGGGGUCAAAACGACGGAGUGUUGCGAUCUGACAUUGCUCGGAUGGUUCAAGGAUAGCUAG